AUGCACCCUACUCUGGGAGACGCCGCCAUGGCCGACGACUAUCACAUGCUAGAAGAGCUGGGCAGUGGAAGUUUUGGUGUCGUAUACAAGGCCGUCGAGAAGGCCACCGGUGACCUGGUCGCCAUCAAACACAUUGACCUCGAAGGCAGCGACGACGACAUCCAAGAGAUUCAACAAGAGAUCGCCCUCUUGAGCACAUGCCAGAGCGAGCACGUAACACGAUACAAGGCCAGCUUUGUGCGCGGCGUCAAACUAUGGAUCGUCAUGGAAUACCUUGGUGGAGGCUCGUGUUUGGAUCUCCUCAAAUCUGGACCCAUCAACGAGGCUCAGAUCGCCAUCAUCAUGCGCGAGUUGCUGCUGGGCCUUGACUACCUGCACAACACGGGCAAGAUCCACAGAGAUAUCAAAGCUGCUAAUGUUCUCCUGUCGAGCUCGGGCAGAGUCAAAAUUGCCGACUUUGGAGUCGCCGCCCAACUGACCAACAUCCAGUCCCAGCGUCUGACCUUCGUCGGCACUCCAUUCUGGAUGGCGCCCGAGGUGAUCCAGGAGGCAGGUUACGAUUUCAAAGCAGACAUCUGGAGUCUAGGUAUCACCGCCAUGGAACUCGCCAAUGGCGAACCCCCUCACAGCCAGGUCCAUCCUAUGAAGGUCUUGUUCUUGAUUCCUAAGGAAAAGGCCCCAAGGCUCGAAGGUGCCACCUGGACCAGAGAAUUCCGAGACUUUGUUGCCCUUUGCUUGAACAAGGACGCCGACACACGACCCACUGCCAAGACUCUUCUCAAACACAAGUUCAUCCAGCGUGCCGGAAGAGUUGAUUCUCUCAAGAUGCUUGUCGACAGAGCUCGUAGCCGCAUCGCCAACGAGAAGAAGGACCGCCUCAGAUACUACGAGCAGACCUUGCACGAGCUCCACGCACCAAACGAGGAGGACGAUUGGGUCUUUGACACUGUCAGACCAGGAACCUACCACUCUCAAACCGUCAAGCCUCGCGACCCUUCACACAUGAUUGCAUGGGACAGCGAAGCCGAAGAUGCUUUCGCAGCCAUGGAAAACCGCGACCCUUCACUGGGUGGUUCGCCUUCAUACGAUCCCGCUGCCACCAUUCGCACAUCCAAGCCUAACUCUAACUCUCCCUCCCGUCAAAUCGAUCCUUCCGCUACAACUCGCAAGGUAUCUGGCUCAACUCCCACUGCGCGCCGUGUCAGCAGACAAAGUUCGACCUCUAACCACACGACUCGCCGUCAUUCUGUUCAGGCCAAACAACCUUUGGGACUCGAUAUGUCGUUUGGUAAUGGGGCUUCAACCGUACGCCAGUUCAAGCGCGUGCCAUCUGGUGGGGGCCGUCCUUCGAGCUCUGGCUCGUCACAGACAGCUGUCGAAGACUCCGAAAAUCUGCCCCCUGCCGCUGCCGUAAUGAUGCCUGAUACAAAGNNGGAAGCCAUUCUCGGUAGACGCGCUUACGUCAAGUGUAUUGAUCCAGCACUGCAAGAACUAUAUGCCUCCACCGCUCCUGGACCCAAGCAGACUGCUCUGGCCAGGAUGGCAGAAGCUUGGAACAUUUUGGACGAGGCUGAUCCUGAAGGCGAACUGUUGUUACUCAAGGCCAUUUUCGAGCGGGUUCAGAAAGAUCCUAGACUCGCAGCUCAAGUCAUGCCCGCCUCGCAGCUUGCCAGCCUGCGCAGUAGUCCUUCGCUCAAGAAGGCGCCCAUUGUGACGGAGAAGGAGACCCUUGUCACACCCCCGACCUCACCAUACAAAUUGGAACCAGCUCCUAUUACCCGCUCGAUGCGUAGGCAAAGCGCUUUCGUGGACAGCGAACGCGAAAAGGUUCUUCGUACUGCCAUUCUGGAAGACAGAAUGCCUGGCAAAGUCGAGACUGGCCUCGAACACAUUGGCAUGCUAGCAGACGCCUUGUACGGCCGCUGGAGCGAGGGCUUGCGUAUGCGAUGGCCCAAUGCUUAG